AUGCCUUCAGGCAACAAAGUUGGUAAUCCACCUCUGUCAGAAUUGUCAACUGGUUUAAAACAUUAUUGGAAAUUGAAGACAAUGUGUAUCAAGGAUUUGACCGAAGAUAGUUGUACGAUCCACAAUAAUAUAAUUGUGGAGAUUCAAACUAACCCAUAUCCAAUGGAGCCAUGUGGGUGUGCAAGCGUUGAUUUAGAAGCUGUAAGCAACAUAGUGAAGAAGGAAAUUCAGCGAACUGUAGAAGCAAUCGUGAUAAAGAUGGUGCUGGAGAAGGAAGAAGAGUUGGAACAAAUAAGAAAAUUCAUGGAGGUCAAUUUGGAAAGAAUGAAGCAAAAGUGUUUAUGUAAGAUGUGUGGUGAAUACGCCCAAACAUAUCAUUCAAAUGCCUACUACUGCAGUAAAAAAUGUGAAAUAGAAGAUGCUGCAUCAGAUAGCAUCAAGCUUGAGCAAUCUGAUUUAACUAUGUGAUUACAUGAAGUGAUAUACGUUCAAUCUACAACCUACAAACAACCCUUUCAGUUACAGUACAAUUUCAACCAAGCAGAAAACAUUGUUAUUAAUCAGUGGAGGGAGCAGUAGUGCCAUUUGCAUAUUCAUUCCUUAUUUCUGAAGUAUACCAUCCAACCUUUUUUUAAGUUCUGGUGAAUCAUGGCACUUUGUGUGGUUGACAGAUUGAACAAUUCGCAUUAGUUGUAUGUUAUUGCUGGGAGAAAAACCAGUUGGUUGUUUAUUGGCAUUAUUUUCUUAUUUUUUAUCAUAUCUUCAUAUGCUCCCUGUGUAAUGGAGUUUUGUAUGGUUCACAGAUUGAAAAUUUUGCAUUAGUGGUAUGUAGUUGCUGAGAGAUGAAUUUGUUGGCUGUUUAUUGUCAUUAUUUUCUUGUGUUUUUUAAAUAAAAUCCUUGAUUACUCCAUGUGUAAAAGAAUGGUCUGUGAAAGAUGAUUUGCAAGGAACUCUACCAGAAGGCUGUUGGCCAAAGUGAUAGACGGCAAUGAUUAACUAGCUUAACAGAGGACUACUCUAUAUUCAUCACCAGGAAGUGUUUAGAGAAUGGUUACAGAAAAAUUUACAGAAUUCCCACCCCACAAACGAAACAGAACCGCCACCUCCAUGAAUACUGACUCACUGCCCACUCUAUUGACAGGAUACGUCUCCUAUACCGUUGAGACUUUUUCCAGUAGAGUAGUCUUUUGGAAUCUUAUCAAUACAUUUUUUAUAGGAAUUGAAAUGGUAGUCUUUGCAUUGUAAACCUUAUUUGAAGAUUCCUUUCAAAAGUUACUGGCAAAUAAAGAAAAAUAGUAGGUGUAGUAUAGGAAUGCAACACAAAAGUAUUGGAAAUCUUAAUUAG